UUCGAUUAAAUAGAGAAUAAUUUACAGAAAUAUUUAAAAUUGAAAAUAAUAAAGGGAAAAAAAAUGUUAGAAUUUGCCAAUAAAAUAGCAAAAUUAUGCCUUGAUAAGUACAAAACAUUGAAAAAAACUGGAAAACCAACAGCGAACGAAUGGACAGUUUUGUCGGGAAUUAUUUUAGAAAAUAAUAAACAAUUAACAGUAGUUGCCUUAUGUACAGGGACAAAAUGCCUAAGCGGUAGAGAAUUAAUAACAACGAAAAUUGACGAGAUUGGAAAUAAAUUGAGUGAUUCACAUGCCGAGAUACUUGCUCGACGUGCAUUUCAAAGAUAUUUAUACAGUCAAAUUGAAUUGAUUAUGAAUAGUAAAGAGAGUGAUGUAUUUUUUAAGAAAAAGGAAGGGAAAAUAGAGUGUAAAGAAAAUGUUUCAUUUCAUUUUUUCUCCAGUCAGACACCUUGCGGUGAUUGUUCAAUUAUUCCGAAAAGACAUUCAAACUCUGGUGAUGAUAAUGGAAGAGAGAUUAAAAAAAUGAAAUUAAAUGAAAGUGAAAAAAUUGAGGAGACAAUUGAAUUUGAAAAUGAUAUUCAUCGAACGGGAGCGAAAUGUAUAAACAAUGAUGAAAGACAGGAUUUACAUUUAUCGGGGGAGAAUUAUCAUGUAGUUGGACCAUUGCGCACGAAACCGGGGAGAGGAGAUCGAACAAUGAGUCUUUCUUGUUCGGAUAAAAUGGCAAAGUGGAACGUUGUUGGAAUUCAGGGAUCAUUAUUAUCUCUAUUAAUUCCUGAAAUAAAACUAAAGACAAUAAUAAUUGGAGGUAAUUGUCCAUUUUCUCUGGAAGCAAUGGAACGCGGUCUAUUCAAACGAUUCGAUAAUUCAACUGGACCGAGAAUAUUUCAAUCGUCAUUUUCAUUUGACGAAAUAAAAGGCGAAACAAGACAAAAUCCCUGUCCUUCUAGUAUUAUUUGGUGCUCAGUUUCCGAAAGAAAUCUCGAAAUUGCCGUCAACGGAAAAAAACAAGGCGUGACGAAGAAAAAAUCGGGAAUUUAUCUUCUCGUCAGUCGACGUGGAUUAUUCAAGAUAUUUAUGAAAAUUUACGAUAAACAUUCAAAGGAUAUUGAACUACCACAGCAUCCGAAAAAAAUUACUUAUCAACAUUGUAAGAACUGGUCGCAUUCCUAUCGAAACUUAUGGCACGAGGCGAAAAUUACCACUUUUGAUAAAUGGCCCACAAAACCAUUGUCAUUGCAGAAUUUUAUAUUAUAAUUGUUUUAUUUUUCUACUCAUGGAAUUCUAUUGUUUGUUGCUCUUAAUAAAAAAAAAAAAAUACGAUAAA